GUUCAGAGGUUAUUAUCGUCCUCGUGUUGUCAGUGGAGGAGAGCACGCACACUGUAAACUUUUGAUAAAGAGGAUCGUUAAAAACAGUGGGAAGAACCGUGUUCACGAAAGGGUGAUCCAACUGUCUUGAUAUGGCUCUGGAUUUCAAACCUGGAGAUCUAAUCUUUGCUAAGAUGAAGGGUUAUCCCCACUGGCCCGCAAGGAUUGAUGAGAUUCCAGAUGGAGCUGUCAAGCCAUCUAAUGUUAAGUUUCCCAUCUUCUUCUUUGGCACUCAUGAAACGGCAUUCUUGGGUCCAAAAGACAUCUUCCCAUACUUACCUAACAAAGACAAGUAUGGCAAACCUAACAAAAGGAAAGGCUUCAAUGAAGGCUUGUGGGAGAUUGAGAAUAACCCUAAAGUGGAACUUGAGGGACAUAAGGUAAUGGAUGUUAAAGCAGGUCCGGAUAAAGAUUUAAGCAGCAAUCAAAAAGGUGAUGAUGAGAACACCAAAGAGAAGAGGAGAAAGUCAGCAGAAGUGGCUGGCAUUGAUGAUGAUGAUGAGGAGGAGGAGGAGGAGGAUGGUGGUGGUGACGACAUUGAUGUUUCUGAUCCGGUUCAUUUGACAGAGGAAUCUGUUGUUCUUGGUCAACAGGACCCAUUACAGAAAGACUGCACAGAUGUCUCUGGCAAAGCUAAAAGAGGAAGGAAGAAGAAGGUUGAAGCUGAGCAAGACUCAGAUACUGAAAACACAAGCCCCACUUCGGGCCAUCCAGGUGGACAUCCAUUAAUAAAGCGCAGAGGAAGGAAACCUAAAAUUGAGAAACUGCUACUGCUGCAGCAACCUGCUUCAAAGGAGCCAUUGGGUGGCAUAGCUGAUAUUGAGGACAAAACCAAAGCACCAGGGGAAGAAGAGAGCAAGAAGACAGAGAGGAAAAAGAGGAAGGAUGAGAGCAAAGAUGGAAAAAAGGAAGCAGAAAGAAAGAGAAAGAGGCAAAGCAGAGGGGAGAGCUCUUCAGACACAGAAGAGGAAAGAAAACAGAGUGGAUUUGGGAGGAAGCAGAUCCCACUGGAGCACUCUGCAGACACAGACCAAGAGGAGCAUGCUAGCAAAUCAGACCAACAGAAAGAGUUAGGAAAAGGUGAAAAGAGAGAUAAUAGGAAAAGUAACAAAAGAAAGGAAGUUUCAACCGAAUCAAGACUCCUGAAGUUACAUGGGGACAUUAAAACAUCUUUGAAGAUUGAUAACCCAGAUGUGAAAAAGUGUCUAGGUGUGCUCGAUGAGCUGAGCUCACUGCAGGUCACGACUCAACAUCUUCAGAGGCACUGUGAGCUCAUAGCCACGCUUAAGAAGAUCCGCAAGUUCAAGGCCAGCCAGGAUGUAAUGGACAAAGCCUCAAUGCUAUAUAAUAAGUUUAAGAGCAUGUUUCUGAUGGGAGAAGGAGAGUCAGUGCUCAGUCAAGUGCUAAAUAAAAGUUUGGCUGAGCAGAGACAGUUCGAAGAGGCCAAGAAAGGAGUUCUGAAAAAGAACGAACAAACCAAAGAGCAGAGUGAUAGCAAGGUCAUGGAUGGAGACUCCAACCCUGAGGAGAAUGACACUGAGAUGGAGAGGGAGCAAUCAAGAGAGGAUAACUCAUCUCUGGAGAAAAACAAUGUGACUAAUACUGUGGAGUCUGGCUGAAGUUUGAAGACUUUGUUCACUGAAGAGCCACUGGUCUCAUCUGCUCAGUAGAAGAUAAUGUGCUCCUUUAAAUACGGCUUGCACAGCCAUGUUUUUGUUUUUUUCUUCUAUAGGCAAACAUGCAUUCCCAUGUUAAAGUUGUUUAAAAAAAAAAAAAAAAAAAAACAGUUUUCAGCUAAUGCUUAGUCCAGAAAAUUAUUUUGAAACCACCCAUUUCUGUGCCAAUAUAACUAUGAUUAACCAUUUAUAAACAGAAAUGUAGAAAUUACCAGACUUACACUUACUAGACAAACAUCAAAAGUGCUAUCUUAGAAAUGUUUGUGAGACUAAACUAUUGCAUUCUCUAAUAGGCUAGUAACAGUCUUUAUUAUACUUACUUGUGUUAGCAACUUACAUGAGUGAUUUAUUCUCAAAAUAACUUUGUGACAUUUACCUUGCCUACAGUUGUGUAGAUGUGCAUUUUUUUUAAUUAGUUUUAGCUUUGUUCUGCUGCUACAUCUGUAAUUUUGUGUUUAUUUUGAUACAGACAAGGUGAUACUCAUGUAUGUUACAGCUUUCAUGCUCUAAUAAUGCUGUCAUAAUCCCUGCUUUGGCAAUAUUAAUAAAGUAGUGUUUACCUUAAAAAAUCUUUGAUA